GCAGCUGGACCCUUCUUCCAGGUGACAGCUGCCACCAUGGGGGCUCCGGCCCUCCUGUGGCCUCCACUGCUAUUACCAUUGUUCAUAGUGCUGUUUGGCCAAACUCCGGGGACCAAGGCCCAAGGUAUGUUCUGCUCUGUGAACCAAACGGUUUUUCAAGUGGAGGAGAACUCGAAUGUUUCUGAGCCACUGGUGAACAUUUCGGUCCCAGGAGACCUGCGGGUGACCCUGGGAUCCUCAUCCACUCCUUUCGCAUUUAAGAUCGUGGACAAUCAGCUGUUUCUCAACGUGACUCCAGAUUAUGAGGAAACCACAUCACUGGAGGCAGUCCUGGAGUGCAAGAGAGGAGAGGUUCCGGUGACAGUGUUGAGGGUGUUCGUGGCUGUCCUGGAUGUCAAUGACAAUCCCCCAGUGUUUCCCUUUACAGUCAAGAGCUAUGAUGUAGCAGAGGACACCAGAGUGGGCACAACCGUCAUCCCCGAGACAGAACUGGAGGCCAAAGACGCUGAUAAAGAUGACACCCUAUUUUACACCCUCCAAGAAGUGACCCCGAACGCUAGCAGCUUCUUCUCCCUCGUGGGGGUAAACAACCCUGCUCUGAGGCUGCAGCAGGCCCUGGAUUUCUACAAAAUUCAGAACAUGACCUUCAAGCUGCUGGCACGGGAUACUUGGGAUGAACAGGCACAGCUCAGCCACACGGCCACUGCCACCCUGGUCCUGAACGUGCUUCCGGCUGACCUGCGAACCCCCUGGUUCUUGCCUUGCUCCUUCUCAGAUGGCUACUUCUGCAUCCAGGCGCAGUACCAUGGGGUGGUCCCCACUGGACACAUACUGCCAUCCCCCCUCAUCUUGAGUCCUGGUCCCAUCUAUGCUGUGGACGGAGAUCAGGGCAUUAACCAGCCUAUCAUCUACAGCAUUGUAGCGGGAAACACGGACGACACAUUUAUCAUCAACGCAGACUCUGGCAACCUCACGAUGGCCAAAAGUAUCCCCAGCCCCAUGAGCUUCACCCUGCUGGUCAGGGCUGAUCAGACUGAUAUGGCCCGCUACUCAAUGACCCAGGCCAUUGUGGAGGCCCGUGGCGGAGAACUCCAGUUCUCUCAGAGCCUGUACCAUGGCACAGUGGUGCUUGGUGCUGAGGCUGGUACAGAAGUGAAGGACAGGACCUCCCCUUCUGAGAUCCUGAGGAUCCAGGCUCAGUACUCAGGCUUCCCGGACCUCAACUCGGCCAUCACAUAUCAAAUCACCAACUCCUCAGAUUUCAAGAUGGACGAGGAUGUCAUAGUGACCACUGUGGCUAUGAAGCGUGCAGAAGUCAUCUAUGUAGAGGUAGAAGCUACCAGUACUGUGACUAAGGACACAGCCACCUCUGUUGUUGAGAUCCAAGUGUCAGGGCAGGAGCCCCCCUCCACAGAGUCCCCCACACCCCCAGAAGCUGGAGGAACAACUGGGCCUUCAAGUAGCACCACUUUGGAAACCCCCACGACCUCUGGGACCUCUCAAGGACCUGCUACAACCAGCUCUGGGGGAAGUGCUGGCCCAUUUCCACCCUCAGGCACAACUCUAAGUCCCCCUGCCUCUGCCUCAUCUACACCUGGGGGGUUCCCUACUCUUGGAAUCAGCACCUCCCCCCAGACAGCCACACCCAGUGAGGGCUCAACACAGACCCCCCAGCCAGGAACCUCUCAGCCAAUGGUCCCCAUUACAGGAACAAGUACCACUUCUCAGCCAGCCACACCCAGUGAAGGCUCAACACAGACCCCCCAGCCAGGAACCUCUCAGCCAGUGGUCCCCAUUACAGGAACAAGCACCUCUUCUCAGCCAGCUACACCCAGUGGAGGCUCAACACAGACCCCCAAACCAGGAACCUCUCAGCCGACAGCCACUACGUCCGUCAGGAACCCCUCACCCUCAGGUAAAGGCGAGCUGGGUGACAGCCAGCGAUUUUCCACGGUGGACAUGGCAGUGCUGGGCGGGGUGCUAGGUGCACUCUUGUUGCUGGCUCUCAUCUGCCUGGUCAUCCUCAUCCAUAAGCACUACGGUCAUCGGUUCAACUGUUGCUCUGGCAAGGCUUCGGAGCCGCCGCCGCCGCCGAAUGACUAUGACAACGUGACCUUCCUCCCAGACCACAAGGCCAGCUGGUCGCCCACCUCCAACCCGCAGCCGCAGUCAGGCCCCGAGGCCGCCCAGCCGCCCUCUGGGCCCCAUAGCCCCAUGUUCUCCAGACCCACGCCCCCCAGCUCAGCACCUCCGAGCCCCAAGCUCAGAGCUCCCGAGUCUCCUAAGACCGUCCAGGCCGGAGACAGUCCUUCCGCCGUGAGGUCUAUCCUGACUAAGGAGCGGCGGCCAGAGGGGGAGGGCGGCUACAAAGCAGUUUGGUUCGGCAAGGACAUCAGGGAGGAGGCUGACGUGGUGGUCCUCAACGAGCCCACAGCAGACAUGGACAGCGCCAGUGCCACGGGAAGUGAGGGUAGCGAUGAUGAUGAUGGCCCUGACCAGAAUAAGGGUCCUCACUUUGGCGCCGGUGACGACAGCACUUACAUCUAGCGCAGCAACCCGGCCCUCCU